CUGCUGCAAUCUUGUCACCAUAGCCAUACCUUCUUAUCUUUGACCUUAUCACCACUCCUCUUCCUCCUCCUCCCCCUCCUCCCCCUCCUCCUCCCGCCCUGGAGUCCGAACGCCUUCUCGCCCGCUCGAGCAGAGACAGCAUCGAGCUGGCGGAGACUUCCUCUUACUCCGACGCGACUCGCAAUAUGGCGGCGACGACGGGAUAUGGCGACGACGACAAGACCAAGGGCGGCGUGCUGGAAUCGCACCUUUCGAGCGGUUCGCGCGCGUACGAGAGUACAACGGGGAGAAGCGAAGACGAAUACGGUCUGGACAAGAGCGAUCUGCUCGCGCUCGAAGAUGUGGACCCUGUGCUUAACAAGAAGAUGCACCUAGUCAACAAUGCUAUUGACGAGAUUGGCAUGACGGGCUAUCAGUGGAAACUCUUUGUGUUGAAUGGCUUUGGAUACGCAGUAGACUCUCUGAUUCUCUUGAUUCAGAGCAUUAUUGCAGGACAAGCUGCCUACGAGUUCAAGCCUGGCUGGGACUACGGCUUGACUGUUGCGUCCUAUGUCGGCAUGUUGGUAGGCGCGCUCUUUUGGGGCCUGUCUGCCGAUGUCAUUGGGAGGAAGUACGCCUUCAACGUCAGCCUGCUGAUCUCGAGCGUGUUCUGCAUGGUGGCAGGUGCAUCGCCAAACUGGAUUGUCCUUGGACUGUUUGUUUCUCUUGCAGCCUUCGGAGCGGGAGGGAAUCUUGUUCUGGACACUGCUGUGUUUUUGGAGUACUUGCCUUCGAAGGAUCAAUGGUUGCUUACGCUCAUGGCGGCAUGGUGGGGACUUGGACAGCUGGUGGCCGGCUUGUUUGCGUGGGCUUUCAUCCCAAAUUAUAGCUGUCCUGGAGAUCCAGUUGAAACUGGUGUGCCCUGUAAUUGGGACACAAACCCUGGCUGGAGAUAUAUGUGGUUUACCAACGGAGCACUGAUAUUCCUCCUGUCUAUACUCCGGAUCACAGUCAUCAGGCUACGUGAAACUCCCAAAUAUCUGGUUGGCGAAGGCAGAGACGCUGAGGUCGUGGAUACCCUUCAAUUCAUCGCCAAGAAGUACAACAGGCCAUGCAGCCUCACCAUUGAGGACUUUCAGGCUUGUGGAGUGACUGGCAGCUAUCUCAGACGCGGUUCGGGAGCAGCACACGCGAAGUCCAAGUUCUCCUUUGGCGAGGUGGGAGUCCAUCUGACAGGCCUGUUCUCCACCAAGAAGCUGGCUCUAUCGACAAGCCUGAUCUGGUUUUCCUGGCUUCUCAUCGGGCUGGCGUAUCCGCUGUUCAACGUGUUCCUGCCGGUCUAUUUGAAAACUCGAGGAGCUCAGCUUGGAGGCUUGUCUCCGAACGAAGUCUGGCGCAAUUACGCUAUCGCCAAUCUGUGCAGCAUUCCGAGCCCAAUUCUGGCUGGCUAUAUGUGCAAGUCCCGCUUCUUUUGGGGACGACGUGGAACAAUGGUCAUUGGAGCUCUGGUCACAAUGGCCUUCUUCUUCUCGUACACUCAGGUCAAGACGAACGCGCAAAACUUUGGAUUCACGUGCGCCAUCAGUUUCUGCUUGAACAUCUACUAUGGCACAUUGUACGCGUACACUCCGGAAGUCCUGCCUUCUGCACAUCGUGGAACAGGCAACGGCAUCUCCAUUGGAUUCAACAGACUGAUGGGCAUCAUGAGUGCCGUGGUCGCAACAUACGCGGAUACAUCCACCCCGGUGCCCAUCUACAUUUGCGCCACUUUAUACGUGGUGAUGGCAGCCGCGGCUAUCGCCUUUCCAUUUGAGCCGAUGGGAAGUCGGAGCUCAUAAAGCACCAUACCAUAUCGUACCAGAUAUGUAUAUAUACCGUACCUAAUGUACAUGUACAAGCCCGAGGAGAGAAGCACUCGCUGUCUUCCAUUCGCGAGGGUCUGCCAAGGUCGACUACUUGUAUCACGACGCACCCAAGCAGAUGUAUAAUGACUUGAC